ACAUUUUAAAUUAUGCAAAUUCUCAAUAAAAAAAUGGUUUUUGUGAGAUAUAGUGUUAUUUUCAAACUUAUCGCCGUCCAAGUUAAUUUAAAAAGUGCAUAAAAAUUGUAAAUUAAUAAACCAAGCAUUUAACAAAUGCAAAAGUAGACUCAUACAUACAAACACUUUUCUCAUCACUACAGUGGUAACUCUCUCGAAAUGUGCCUCGACCACACCAAAACACGAACCCCAAGUGCACGAAGACUUAGACGAGACUCCCCCAAAAUACGUGCGUACAGCAAGACACCUUGGAAAAGAAGAAAAACUCUCAUCGUUUAACAACAAUAAAGGCAUACAACAGGACCGCAUGCGAUCCAGAUACCAUCUCCAACAACAGGCCGAUAUGCGCAACUUAAGAAUUUUACCGCUUGACCACGACACGUCGGAAAACCAGGAAAAGUUUGUGGAUCCCAACAGGGGCCAACCAAUGCCAGACGAUAGCGAGGAUUGGAAACCGUUUGAACCCUCGUUUUUAAAAGUUGAACCGACCAAACAGGAUUUGGAUGCUGCUGGUAGUGAACAUAAGGAAGCCAAUGAUCGGUCAUACAUCUACGUCUCGCCGAAAGUAUUGACCAAAGAUUUCGGACUGGAUUCGAAGACUACGCAGCAUAUUUUGCAAACCGCUUCGCCAAAUGUGGUUACGGAGGAUCAGUUUCAAGUAGACGAGCUGCAGGAGUUGUUGGGAAAAAAUCCGGAGUUGCAGUUGCAAGGGCUGCAGAAGUUGUUGCAGGACGCACAUCCUUUGAUGGGGAAUCUUAAUAGUCAGCCGAAUGUUGCGGACAUCCACGUCGAACAUAACGGAUCACCUCUAGCCCUCGCCACCGUUCCGCAGUACCAAUCGCUCCAAGAACACAUCAAUGCCAUCAACAAAGCCCAAGAAGCGAAAGUUUUAGCAGCCGCUAAGCUACAAGCUGACUCCCACGUGCAAGCUCAACGCGAAGCUAUCGCUCUAGCUCAAAAACAAGCUGAAAAAGAAGCCUAUGCCAAAAUAGCCGCACACAAUCAAGGAAUUUCCACCCUAAGUCCUGACAGUGUGGAAGUUUUCAGUGGUGGCAAUCACGUGUCCGCUCGGCCACACCACCCGGUUACUUUAGCACCGCACGUGCAGGAAAUCGACCAGAAUUCUUUGGAGUUGCCCUCGGAAGUUUCCCCUUUACAAGGGAGAGUUGUGGAGCAAGUGUAUCCUGGAAGUUACGGGUCUUUUGCUGAUGAUUUAAGACGUUUCAAGCCCAAGAGGGUGGAAGGCAGAGGGAAGUUUCCAGUUCACGUUACCGCAACUCCUUUGGUGCAUACGACCGCUUCUCCAGUGUGGUCUUCUACUGUGCUGAACAGUGAGGUGGAUGUUGGGAAAAUUCAAGUUUCAUCUACUCCAAGGCCUUAUCAUCAUGAAAUUAAGCAGCUUUAUAGGGAAAAUGCGAAUGAAAAGCACGGCGACCUUCAUCAAUACGCAGCAAACUACGCGUUCGGCUACAGAAUAGUGGACGAGAAACACGGAAACGACUUUGGGCACGAGGAAGAACGUAAAGGCAAAAACACCAAGGGACGGUACUACGUCACUUUGCCCGACGGUAGGAAGCAAAAAGUCGAUUAUUUCGCCGAUAAUAGCGGAUACCAUGCCCGAGUCAGUUACGAAAACGUCGCUAAACAUCCUUACGUACCAUCAGAAGAACACCUGAUCCAUCAUAAGAAUUAGAAUGAAGACAAGGAGAUCAGGUUUAACAGUGAUAGAAGUAUGGGCAAUAAAAUGGUUUUUAAACUAUUUGAGUACCUGCCAUAUAAAACUGGAACCGUAAUUGAAAUUUAUUAGAGUUUUAGGUUAUUUAUUGAUUAUUAUUAGGGUCCGUGCAAUAUUUAAGAGUUUAUGUUAUAAAUUUGUUACAAUAAAUUUAAGAAAUGUA